AUGGAAUUACCAACAAAGGAAUAUUAUUCCGAUGACCAGAAAGACCGAUAUAGUAUAAAGACCAAGAAACUUUCUUACGAAUUAUGUCACCAAUUUGAUGAAAUCAAACGGGUUUGUUGGGGGAAGCCACCCAAUAACACUUACAUUUUGAAAAAUGUGAAUUGUGAAGCGAGGCCAGGAGAAGUCAUGGCCAUUGCUGGCCCAAGUGGGGCAGGAAAGACCACAUUGUUAGACAUACUAGCUGGAAAGAUCCCACCUAGUAGAGUUUUGGGUCAUGUUCUUGUAAAUGACCAGACAAUGAAUGCUAAACACUUUCGGAGAAUAUCUGGUUAUGUCACACAAGAUGAAGCUCUUUUCCCAUUUCUUACUGUUAGAGAAACUCUCAUGUAUAGUGCCCGUCUCAAGUUGCAAGGCGGGCUCAAAAUGGCCACAGCCAGAGUCAGUGAGCUACUGAAAGAGCUUGGACUAGAGCAUGUUGCCAAUGCCAGAAUUGGUGGUGAAUCAAGGCGUGGCAUUUCGGGUGGUGAAAAGCGUAGAGUUUCAAUUGGUGUUGAUCUAGUGCAUGAUCCAGCUGUUCUUUUGCUCGAUGAACCAACAUCAGGAUUGGACUCAACUUCAGCUCUGCAGGUUGCGUUGUUGCUGAAGUCUAUGGCUACAACACAAGGUAAAACAAUUGCGUUAACUAUCCAUCAACCCGGUUUCCGAAUUAUUGAGUUAUUUGAUCAAAUUUUGUUGUUAUCAAAUGGAAUAGUUGUUCACCAUGGAGCCCUGCAUCUACUAGAGCAACAACUUAUACUUGCAGGUCAUUUAGUUCCUCUGCAUGUUAAUGUGCUUGAGUUUGCCAUUGAAGUGGCAGAAACCCUGGUCAUGGAUAUUGUAGAAAGCGAAGUCAAAGACGUUGAACAAGGAUAUGAGCAUUUAAGUAGAAAUCCUAACCAACGUCAUGUUGAAAAACAUAAAAUAUGUUACUGUAACAGUCGGUUCAGGGAGGUUUUAAUACUAGGUCAGAGAUUCUCUAACAAUAUUUUCAGAACAAAACAGCUCUUUGUUGCAAGAAUGAUACAAGCAGUACUUGUUGGGUUUGUGCUUGGGACUAUAUUCACAGAGGUUAGCAAUGAUCCACGGAGAUUUAAGCUAAAAACUCAAGUUGGUUUCUUUGCCUUCAGCCUCACCUUCUUAUUGUCUUCCACAACUGAUGGCUUGCCAAUAUACUUGCAAGAGAGAAGGAUUUUAAUGAGAGAAACCUUGAGAGGAGCUUAUAGAAUCUCUUCUUAUAUUAUAGCGAAUACUUUUGUGUUCCUUCCUUUCCUCUUAACUGUGGCUCUUCUCUACGCCACCCCAGUUUACUGGAUAGUUGGAUUAAGGAGGGAAAUUGAUGGUUUUCUCUACUUCUCACUGGUGGUCUGGAUGGUUUUAUUAAUGUCGAAUUCAUUUGUUCUAUGUUUUAGUGCACUAGUGCCAGAUUUCAUCAUAGGGACAUAUUUAAUUGCAGGGCUUAUGGGAUCCUUUUUCCUCUUUUCUGGGUAUUUCAUAUCGAGGGAGGACAUACCUUGGUGUUGGAUUUUCAUGCAUUAUUUGAGUUUGUUUAAGUAUCCAUUUGAGUGUUUUAUGAUAAAUGAGUAUGGAGGGGAGCAGGGAAAGAAAAGAUGUUUGGUGAGUGUAGAAGGGCAAUGCAUUGAGUAUGGUGAUAGUUUUCUGAUGCAGCAAGGUUUGAAACAGUCACAAAAGUGGAGUAACUUAGGUGUCAUGCUGGGGUUCAUCAUUGGGUACAGAUUUUUUUGUUUUCUUGUUCUAUGGUACAGAUCUUACAGAACCAGAUGCUAG